AGGGUCAGAGAAGGAUUGGGCCAAGGCUAUGAAGUUAAGGCUAGAGUCCGGUCAGGCUGAGCUGUAGGAGUUACGGGAGUGACAUUAAGGCUACGAUUAUGGGGUGGGACCAGGUUUGUGGACUUAGGGGUUUCAGUCAAAGGUCAAGGCGAGGCGCCUCCCAUUCCGACCCCCCUCUCCCUCAUCCGCAUACAAACAGGUUGGCUUCCAGUUUAAAACAGUAUAUAAACUGUUUAUAUACUUUGUUUAAAAACAGUAAGCAAAAACUCCUCUCCCUUUAAUGGUAGAAUUGGAAGGUCAUCAUUUUUCAGCCCUUAGACAACUGGUUUUAAAAUAUCUUCUGCUAGAAGCCACCCUCACGCCGAGGUAAUCGGCGGAAAAGCGGAACCUGAAUCGGAUCAAACUUGUCUAGAUUCAGACACCAGGUACCGAAAGUACCAAGGACAGACUCGCAUCCUCAAAAUUCAGAGGGAAAGUUCAUAAGACACACGACCCUGUUUCUCCAACAAGUUAAGUUCAAGAAAAGAGAAGAAAAAGAGGGAGAGAGAGAUUUGAGAGACUAAAGGGAAAAAUCGCAAUAACAAGACACUUACAGAUUUAUCAGCCAGUGGCAAUGCCUGCACCUUAUUUGGAUCCUGAUUGGAAAAAUUAAAAAAAAAAAAAAUAGUGAUCACCAGGGAAAUUUGGACGCGGUUGAAUAUUCGACCACGUUCAGCAAUGUCACCUUCCUCGUCUUUGGGCCCCUCAUGACAUUUCUGAUGCACCCAUAUAUCCAGAAACGCUCCCGCUACAUUUAUGUGCUCUUUAUUCUCUUCACAAUCACAGGACUGUUCUCCAUGUACUUUCACAUGACGCUCAGCUUUCUGGGCCAGAUGCUGGAUGAGAUCGCUAUCCUGUGGCUGCUGGCCAGCGGCUACAGCAUAUGGUUGCCUUGCUGCUAUUUCCCCACCUUCCUCGGGCAGAACAGGUCCUGGUACAUCUCACUGAUCGUCACCAUCACCCUGGUCAGUACCUGCUUGUCCUUCCUGAAGCCCACGAUCAACGCAUACGCCCUAAACACCAUUGGCUUGCACAUUGUCUACAUCGUGGUCCAGGAGUAUAAGAAGCUCAGAGGAAGCUGCAAAAAUAGUACGGAGUCCUGUGUACCCUUCACCCAGAUUCUCCCCACCUCCCCCAGAGGCAGCAUCUUGUGUAAUUACAUGACCAAAAAUAAGGAGCUCCGGCAUCUGAUUGAGGUCUCCACGGUUAUAUGGGCUCUCGCCAUUACUAGCUGGAUCAGUGACCGCCUGUUUUGCAGUUUCUGGCAAUGGAUUAAUUUCCCCUACCUGCACGGCAUCUGGCAUGUACUCAUCAGCUUCACCUUCCCCUAUGGCAUGGUCAUCCUGGCUCUGGUGGAUUCCACAUACGAGAUGCCGGACCAAACCAUCAAAGUCCGCUACUGGCCUCGGGACACUUGGCCCGUGGGGCUGCCUUACGUGGAGCUGGGUGAUGACCACAAGAGCUGCUGAGGUCUGCCAGGGCUUCUUGAUCACCCAACACCUCCGUACCCACAGAGGACAGCGGCCUGAAUUGGGAUACUGAGAGACACUCGCAGUUCUGCCCUCCAGCUCCCUCUCCUCAUCAUCCUGGUCCUCCGCGCCCCCAUACCGAGGCGGGGGUGGACUUCAUCACCUCUCUGUGCUAUGGUCUGAUAACCCUGGAGCUCCCCUCCAUGACCCGCCCCCAUUCUCUUUCACUUCCUCUUCCAGGUUCACUGUUUCACACGACCUGGUGGGGCUGAAUCACUGAAGUGCUGUGCUUCUGUGGCAGCCACUGGGAAUGACCUCAGGCUGGGGCUUGGUCCCUGGGCAUCUUAUAAACAGUGGUGGUCCUGUAA